AUGGAAGACCUAGAAGAUAAUGAAUUAUCUAUUUUAGAGGAGAAAUUAGGUAUUUCAGCGAAUUCCUUCCUAGAAGUUUCGAAAUCUAAUAAGCGAAGACAAGCUUUAUACAAGUCUAUUGAGGAAGAAGGUAUUGGUGAGGAUUUUAUGGGCUUAUUAGAUGGUAUCAUUAGCUCUGUGAAAAAUAAGAGACAAAAGAUACAAACAAAAGAACAAAUAAAGCAAACUAAGAGGACAACUAAACAAGAUUUAAUAUUCAAUAAUACUUUUGAUAGUCAGGAAAUAAAUACAGAUGAAGUUUCUAAAUGGCAUUGUAAAUAUAAGUUAAAGUUACAAGGCUUUCUAAAUCGUUUAAGUGAAGGCAAUAUGACAAUUAUAACUAAGGGUAUAUUUGAAACUAUUCAAAAUUUUGUAAAGUCAGGUAUUGAAAUUUCUAUUAAUUGUGAACAUUUACUUAAUAAAUUAAGAAUUGAAUGUAUUACAAAGGCAUUAAAUGUUUGGGAAGGUGAGGAAAAGCUAAAAGUACAAAAAGAGAUAGAUUCAAGAUUAACAAUAAUUUUUGAUAUAUAUCAAUGGACAUUAGUUGAGAUGUUUAUGCAGAAUUGUAUUACUCAAAGUCAAUCUACAUUAUCACUAAUUACUGUAUAUACUUGUGUAUUUGGUGCACUUGGAGGACUAUUUAGAUCAAAACAUUUAAUAGAAAAAUUAAUGUAUAGUAUAAACUUAAUAUAUAACAAGACAUUGCAACAACUUAUUAAUUGCUUUUUAACAAUUAGAAAUUCAAAUGAAGAUAAUGAAGAACUAUAUCAUAUUAGAUUUAUUUUACGUCACUGUAUUUUAGUGUUAAUGACAGGUUAUCGUUGUGGAUAUAUUUCUAGUUCCUCCCUUUUAAGCUUUAUUGAAGAGGGAGUAUUAUAUAAAAAAUAUAAAGAUGAAUGGAUAUACUGGGAGUGUUUAUUGGAUAAUAUAGUAAUUUUAAUGCGAGGAGUUUGUAGUAAUUUAAAAGAUGAACAACCAGAAGUAUUUAUCAAUAUAUCAAAUAAUAUACAAAACUUAAUUUCAAAUAUUAGAGAUCCUGAAGUAAAAAAAGAUGAUAAAGAUUUUUUAAUUUCUAAGAAAGUCCUAGAAUUUUGUACAACUCCUCAAAAACUAAAAUUUAUUCUUGAUGAGCUAGAAGAACAAUGUAAAGCAUCUUUAAGUAUGAGAAGGAGAAGUGGGAUGAUUGAAGACCAACUAACAAUAGUUCAAAAUUGGUAUUCCAUAUGUCCAUUACUAAAGCCAUUACGUACUUUUAAUAAUAAAAAUAUAAAUAAAAUACCUUCAAAUAUUGGGUUUUUAGUUGAAUAUAACUGGUUGAAUAAUUUAGAUAUCAAUCUUAUUAUAAUGAAUACAGGUAUUAGUGAUCAAAUUAAUAGGUUUCACGAAACAUUUGGAAUUGAAUUUGAUACAACUAAGGUAGAAAGCUUAUAUAUUAAAGAUAGAUCUAAAGCAAUUAAAGAUAUAUCAGAAAGUGUUGAUGAAUUUCCUACAGAUAAAUUGAUAGAUUUAGCAAAUAAAAUGCGUUUAAGCUCAGAUAUACAGAGAAGUGUCUUUAUAGCUAUAAUGGGAGCCCACGAUGUUCUGGAUGCAAUUCAGCGUCUAACAUCCUUAAAUUUGGCACAAUCUAAGACAUAUAUAAGGACUUCCGUAAAUGUUAUAUUUUUGUUAUCUCUCUCUGAAAAGGCAUAUAACCCAUUUUAUGUAGAGAUUAUAAAGAAUUUGGUAAACUUACCUAGUAAUAUGUCAAAAAAAUUUUUAAAGGAGAUAAACCAAUGUCUAAUUCAACAGAUAGGGCUUAUAAAUUCAUUUAAAAUUAGGAAAAUUUUAAUUUUAAGUCAAAUUUUGAAGGAAUGUAUUUUUGCAGGAAUUGUAAACAUGAAAAUUAUUAGAUUUAUACCAUUAACAGAUGUACAUUCAUUAGCAGGGUCCUGUGGUCUUUUUUUAAGGGAACUUAUUUUGCAUUUAUUAUUAAAACAGGUUGAAGAUAAUGAUGAUACGUUAGCUACUAAUUUAAUACAGCCUGUAAUGCAAAUGUCUGAUAUUAAGGAAGCCGUGUUAUUUGUACUGCAGAAUUUAAUUUUGCCCGCCUUAGGAUCUUUUCCAUGGAAUAACACAAAGAUUACCUUAGCUGAUGUACUAAAACUGUGCAAGAAACUUGAGAUACAACCCUAA